UAAAAAAAAAAACAAAUAAUACACAGUAAAUAAUCAACAAUAAACAAAUCAAUCAAGUUGUAAAAAAAAGUGAAUAUACAACAAAUUAGAAAUCAUGACACCAUUGCGUCGAAACCAGCAGGUUACAAAUACUUUUGAUGAAACAAACACCUCAAUUGAUAAUUAUAAUGGAGCAAUUGUUUCGCCACAAAAACAAAGCCAAAUGGAAAAACAUGAACGAAUUUAUAAACUUAUUAUUCAAAUUGACAAAAUAAAAGCACGACCUGGUCCGAAGAGUAAAAAAUCACAAUUAUUAAAAAUGUCAAAAAUUCAAGCAAUUGCUAAAAUAAAUGAAAAGAUUAAAUUUAAUUCACAAAAUGAUAUAGAAUUAAAUGAUGAUGAUUCACCAACAAAUUAUUUACAAUGUGAAUUAAAUUCUAGUCUAACUGAUAAUGAUCAACAUCAACAACAACAACAACAACAACAACAACAACAACAAGAAAUUUGUAUAUUUUGUAAAAAUUAUUUUACAACAAAAGAACAACUUGUAGAUCAUAUAAAAAUGAUACAUUUUUAUUGUAAUAUUUGUGGUACAUCAUGUGACAGCAAAGAAUCAUAUGAUGAACAUGAAAAAUUACAUGAUAAUAAAGAUCCAUUAUUGCUAUUUAAAUGUCAUAUUUGUUCACUAAAAUUUGACUGUCAUGAAGCUGUUCAAUUACACAAUGAAAAAUGUCAUAUUGAUGGUUUAUCAAGUGAUGAAAAAAAUAGCACAAUUACAUUAGCUGAUACUAAACAAGUGCAAAUAACAAAUAAUAUAUUGCCAAUACGUGCUUACAUCAGAUAUCAGUGUAAAGUUUGUAAAGCUAUUCUCAAAGAUGAUACACCUUGCAGAGAUCAUUUUAUACCAUAUCCAACAACAAAAGACUUUACAUUUUCAAUACCAGUUGGAGGAUGGAAAAAUAAAAAAUCUCGAGGUUCAUUACAAGUUAAUAAUGAAUUAAUGGCUAGACUUAACGAUCAUCAAAUGAGUUUUAAGAUGUGCAAAUUAUGUAAUCAGUAUAUUAAAUUAGGUGAAAUGGAAAAACACAUUGCUCAACAUAUAUCACAAGCAUAUCCAUGUCUUAUGUGUCGUAAAUUAUUCAUCAGUAAUGAAUCAUUGCAAAAUCACGUUAAAACUCAUCUCAAAAUUGAUCCACAAUAAUUCAAUUUACUCAACCAAGUAAUUAAAUAUAAUUUUAUAUUUUUUCAAAAUCAAAUUAUAAGU